CUUUUGAUAUGUGCGAGUGAUCGUUCACUACAAGCGACAGGAUCUUCAUGUAGAGUGAAAUGUUCAAACUUGCCGUCCUGGAAGAUACCUUGAGAAUUUCACCAGAACGCUUUUCUCUACCCAAGUUUGAUGCCUUAUGCUAUGCAGUUCAUAGAAAAUAUUCCAACAGGAUAGUUCCUGGCGUAGGAUUGUGUGUUGGACUGUGGGAUUGGCUAAAGGCCGAGGAAGACUAUCUUCAUCCUGGAGACGGUGGUUCCUGGACAAAGGUAAUUUUUAGACUACUGGUGUUUGAACCUCAAGUAGGAGAGGUCAUAAUCGGAAGGGUUGAGCAUAGCUCUUCUGAAGGUCUCUACGUUUCAGUCGACUUUUUUAAUAAUAUUUUUAUUGAUCGGCUAGCCUUGCAGGAACCUUCUGUCUUUGAUGAAGAAGAACAAGUAUGGAUUUGGAAAUACCAAGGCCAUGAUCUGCAUAUAGACGUGGGUGAAGAUAUACGUUUCCGAGUGGUCAAGGUGGUCUAUGAAAACUCAGAUAGAUCAAGUGUUUCAACAGGUGCAAUGACUGUUCAGGGUUCUAUAGCUGGAGACGGUCUGGGUUUGGUUUCUUGGUGGCCAAAGUGAAACACUAGCUGCUGCUUUUCGGUUAUCUAU